CGCCCAAAUCCACCUCUUCGAUCGGAUCUCCUCGCCCUCGCCUCCGAUCUCCGCCGCCUCCACCGCCUCCACCGCGGAUCUACGUCUCCAAUCGGUACGCGUCGAUCUCCCUCUCUCCCGACCUCGAUUCCGAUCGGUUUUGGUGUCGAAGAUGCCAUGAUCACGAUUUCGAGGGUUUUCGUGAGAUUUAGGGUUUCGAGUUGAGAUCCCAAGGCGAGGCUAUCAGUUUUGGGCGUAAUUUGGGUUUUACUUACUGUGGAGUAUGGAGUGAUCGCUUAGGGUUCCUGAAACGACCACACCGCGGGGUGAAUCAUGGGAAGCGGCGAAGCUGAUGCUCUGCCCAAGGCGCCGAAGGUAUCGGCGGCGCAGGAACAGCUGCUGCCGACUACUUCGGCACCGGCCACGCCAGUGUACCCUGAUUGGUCCGGAUUUCAGGCGUAUUCGCCGAUUCCUCCGCCUGGGUUCUUUCACGCAUCAAGUCCCCAGGCGCAUCCUUACAUGUGGGGAGCUCAGCCCAUUAUGCCUUAUGGGACUCCGCCAACACCAUAUGUCAUGUAUCCACCAGGAGGGUUAUAUGCUCAUGCUUCCAUGCCUCCGGGUUCAAUUCCAUUCAGCCCUUAUGCUAUGCCUUCUCCAAAUGGAAAUGCUGAUUGUGUUGGAGCCACUGCUGGUGGGUCAGAAGUGGAUGAUAAGUCAUCUGAAGGUAAGGAAAGAAGUCCCCUCAAAAGCUCCAAAGGAAGUUUAGGUAGCUUGAGUAUGAUUACGGGAAAGAACAACAAUGAGAUGGGUAAAACAUCAGGGGCAUCAGCAAAUGGAGCCUUUUCUCAAAGUGGUGAAAGUGAAACUGAAAGUUCAAGUGAAGGAAGUGAUGCAAACUCUCAGAAUGAUUCACAGGCAAAGACUAGUGGUGGACAAGAAUCUUUGGGAGCGGAGGCCUCUCAGAGUGGCAAUGUCGCACAUGGUUCUCACAAUGGUAUAAGUCGCACGGCGUCACAAUCAAAGUUGAAUCCAGCGAUACCUGUCAUCCCUAUGCCAGCAAGCGGUGCAAUUGGAGGGGUUGUUGGCCCCACCACAAAUUUAAAUAUAGGAAUGGACUAUUGGAGCACUCCAAGCUCAUCAGCUAUUCCUGCAAUUCAUGGCAAGGUACCUUCCACAGCAAUCCCUGGAGCUUUGCUUCCAGCAGAGCAAUGGGAUGAAAGAGAAUUAAAAAAGCAGAGACGCAAGCAGUCUAACAGGGAAUCUGCACGGAGAUCUAGGUUGCGCAAGCAGGCUGAAUGUGAAGAGCUUGGUCAACGAGCCGAGUCUUUAAAGGAGGAAAAUGCUUCACUUAGAGCAGAAGUAAACCGGCUCAGGAAGGAGUACGAGGAUCUUCUUUCCCAGAACGCCUCUCUUAAGGAAAAACUUGGUCAGUUGCAGCAAAAAGCUGAUGACCCAAGGCUUGACAAAAAGGAUCAAAAUUACAGCGAUGGAAAUGAGAAAAACCACACAGAUUUUAAUGCUAAACCGAACGAAGGGAAUCAAACAUAGUGUGCUCUCCCCAGUUGUAACAUGAUAAUUAGCAUUUUAUUUGUUGCAGUUGAUUGGUACCAGGUAGAUUUGAUGCCAGCACUGACCUUCCUAGGGCUGUUUCCUGCUAUAAUAUUUGUCUUGACUUAUCUUUUGACAGUCAAGAUUAAGCAGGAAAUGUAGAGUUGUGAGCGGAUACCCAGUCUUAACUUUCUUGUUUAGUUAUUACUAAUGAACAUCUUCGUCCCACUUUGUUUUUUUUUAACAGUUGGUGCUUUGUAUACUUGGACAGGCUUGUAAUUGGUAAUGUAAUAAUUGUGAUUUUCAGUAUUGAUGGUAGUGAUAUAUUGUGCUUGCUUUACUUGAUACAAA